UUUUUUUCCACCUCGGAAGGGCAACAUGAGUCGAGAAGGGCAUAUGGGCAGUUGCCCGGGCAACCUGAGCAACCCCCCUGUGCACGUCCCUGACUAGGACCAUUGCUUGUCACUCGGUACAUGCUACCCUUGGGAGAUAUCAUUAGGAAGCAUGGCGUUAGUUUUCACUGUUACGCUGAUGAUACUAAUUCUAUUCAUUCUCGCAGAUUUCGUGCUCACACGAAGCGCAGACACAUAAUAAAGCCACAUUUGAAAUACAAGUGCCAAAAUAAGCUAUUUUUCUCAGUUUAUUUUUGGUGAUACUCGGUGAGUAUUAAAGUAAACACAGUUCAGGAAGAAUGUGUCCGUGCGUUCGUCAUGUCUUAAAGGGACAGUAGCCGAAUAAACGUGCUGCUCUCUAUGUUGUUAAUGUUAAUCAAACAACAAAAGACAAAGAAAACAUCACUUACUGCUCUUGAAUGAUUAACUUCUGUAACUUUAAUUGAUUAAUCUGUAUUUACUUAUUUCAGUGAAGAUUAUCCAAUGUUAUUUUACAUUUUGAUUACUUUGUUCAGUGGCAUAGCAAGUCAGCCCUGGGCCCAUAUUCUCAAAAUUUUUUACGGCCCCCCUCGGUUGCGGACAAUAUGCAGACAAAAAAAAAAAACAUUUCUAGGAAUGACAACAACAGCACUACAGUAUAUGCGUUCCUCCAUCAUUUUGACUUUGCAUUGCGGAUCUAUUUCAAAAAUGUCAAAAAACGGAUUUUCAACUUAAUUGAAUUCGACUGUUUCGACUCUGGCUCUGGAAUUUCAGAAUGAGCAUAGCGUCGUUUCAGAUGUGAUUAGUCCAUUUUUCAAGUUAUGAACUAAUUAUUCUGUCAAGUCAAGUCAAGUCACCUUUAUUUAUAUAGCGCUUGUGGCGAGGGGGGCGUGGUUCAGCGAAGUCUGCAGCGGGAGAGAGAGGCAGGAGACGAGCGGUUGAGUGAGUGGGUUAAAUGCAAAUGACGAACACCUGUUUCUUGUUUCAGUAAUUGGCGUGGAGAGAGUAUAUAACGCCAGGAGAAACAGGAGUGGCUGAGAGAGAGAAGGACUACUGACUGCUUACCCCCUGGAUGCUGGAAUUGUUGGCUGGAGUUGCUUAUGUUAUAUUGGACCGUUUUGUGCCUGUCUGCACACCUGUUUUGUUAUUUUUGAAAACCAAAUAAAGCAGUCAGUAGUCAAGCUGACCCUGUCCUCUUCCUUCCUGACAUUGAACUUUGUUACACUGGUGCCGAAACCCGGGAAGGGAGAGGAAAGCCGCCGCCAUGCAAUCGUCCUCCGGAAUGCCAUUUGCGGAGAUUAUCAGCAGCCUCGCGGGCCUACAACAGGAACAACAUCAGGCCCUGCUGGACUUGCGGAGAGAUCAGGAAAGAUCUUUUCAAGUCAUCGUCCAAGCCCAGCAGGAGGACCGCGAGAGGUUCCGGAGCUGGAUUGACCGGGAGGUUCGACCGGAAGCCACGGAACAUCGCGCUGUGCCCGCCCACCUGCCAUUCAACAAAAUGGGAUCUGCGGACGACCCGGAGGCAUUCCUGGACCUUUUUGAAAAGACGGCCGAGCUGUCAGGCUGGCCGCGGGACCAGUGGCCGAUGCGCCUGGUCCCGCUGCUCUCCGGGGAGUCCCAGAUAGCGGCACAGCAGCUUCCGGUCCAGAAUCUCCUGGUCUUCGACGACCUGAAGAGGGCCAUCCUCCAGCGGGUCGGCCGGAGCCCUGAGGAACACCGACAGCGUUUCCGCUCGCUCGAGCUGGCUGAGUCCGGCCGACCCUUCGUGAUGGCCCAACAGCUCCGGGACUCCUGCCGCAAAUGGCUGUUGGCUGAGGGAAGCGACGUGGAGAAGAUCGUCGAUCGAGUGGUGCUGGAGCAGUUUAUCACUCGGCUACCGAAGAAGACAGCCGAGUGGGUCCAGUGCCACCGCCCCACGUCGCUGGACUCGGCCAUCCAUCUCGCGGAGGACCAUAUGGUGGCGUGCCCCGGGGUCGGCGAACCCCUCCCAUCUGCUUCUCUCUCUCCCUCUCCAUCUUCUGUCCCUCUCUCUCAUCCUGUCCCUUUACCCAGGUCACGGCCGCCUGGAUAUCCGCGUGUCCCGCCCCGGGGGCGGGGCGGGUUUGACCAGAGCCAGUCCGGGACUCCACGUGCCCCGCCCAGGAGGGCGGGACUGGUUUCCACGGGACGGGAUCCCACUCCUGUUUCUCCGCUUUCUCCACGCCAAUCAUUUACCCCACCCCCUGCCACUGGGGCGGCGGGGAGGUCUGGGCCGGCCUGUUGGCGUUGCGGGGACCCGGAGCAUUUCAUAGAUAAAUGCCCGGUGAUGGAGGUUGGGACAAUGGUUCGGGUCCCGGACGCCCCGCAGGCUGCCCCCGGUCAAGCUGGCUGGUACCAAAUACCUUAAUUGGCGUGGAGAGAGUAUAUAACGCCAGGAGAAACAGGAGUGGCGGAAAGAGAGAAGGACUACUGACUGCUUACCCCCUGGAUGCUGGAAUUGUUGGCUGGAGUUGCUUAUGUUAUAUUGGACCGUUUUGUGCCUGUCUGCACACCUGUUUUGUUAUUUUUGAAAACCAAAUAAAGCAGUCAGUAGUCAAGCUGA